GCCCCGCUCCCCCCGGAGCCGGCGGUGCCUGAGAGCGGCCGGGAUGCUGGGGACCCAGCAGCAGCUGCAGCCCCCAGCGCUGCCCCCGCACCUCCAGCAGCAGCAGCAUCACUACUACCGGCGCCAGCAGCACUACAGCACCCUCCCCGGGCGACGGCCCCUGUCCUGCCCGGAGCCUCCGCCCUGUCCGGAGCCACCCCCGCCGCCGGCCCCGCCGUGCCGGGAGCCUCCGCCUUGCCCGGAGCCGUCUCGGCCCUUGCCCUGCUUCGAGCCCCAGCACCAUCAGGAGAGCAGCGUGGCGUACGACCGGGUGCGGACCUACGGCCCCGGCUGCCGGCGGGUCAGCACCUCCUGCUUCCGGGCGGCCUCGCCGCUGGAGUGCUCCAUGGCGGCUACCAGCCAAACCAUCGCCGGCUGCGACCUUCCGCCAGGGGCACUUUUUCGAAGGAUUAUUAUUGAGAAUCCUGAUCAGGAACCAUUAUCCCCAUUUCUUAGAGGGGGGAAUUUCUUUCCUGGAAAUAAUGUCAUCUGAAAGACAAUAAGAAAAUAUGAGCUAUUAAAUCCCUGUCAGGAGAAGCAGUACCAGUUCUCCCAGCAAGCUGACCAGUGCCAAGCUGCCCAGCCCUGCCUGCAGCCUGAGCAGACCCAGGUGACCCAGCAGUGCCAGCAGACCCAGACCAGCAGCCCCUGUGAGGUCCUGCGCUCUGGGAGUGAGGAGUGCAGGGCCAGCACCCUAAGGAGGGUGACAGUCCCCACCUGCCAGCAGGAGAGCAGCUCCCAGCUGGACUGCCGCUACUUCGGGGAGCUCCUCGCCGAGCUGAGCCGCAAGACCAAGGAUUUGUACAGCUGCUUGCUGCAGCACGUGGAGAAGAUAGGAGGAAGGAACCAUGACAUUGAAUUUUCCCUGUCAGGUAAGUCAGCAGGCAUGCUCCUGAGCAAGCUGUCCCUGGGGUGUGGUGUUAACAGCCAUGGUAUGGAGCUCCAAACUGAAGAGAUUGAAGAUUUAAUCCCUAAAGGCUGUCUAGGCAACAAGCAGCAGAUUCGUUAUCUCCUCCAGAUGAGAGUGACAUCAGAUAAAUCUUUGAGACUCGUGCUUUCCACUUUCAAAAACUUACGGGAAGAGCUGUGCCACCUGCAGGAUGACCUUGGGAAGUUGGAGACUGACAAUGUUCUGCUGAAGAAGGAUUUGGCUUUUAAAGAUUCUCAAGUUAAAGAAUAUGAAACUAUGUUGGCUUCCCUGAGGGAGAACAACCGCCAGCAGCAGCAAGGGCUGAGGGAGAGCACUGCAAAAUGUCGUUCCCUGGAAGAGCAGCUCCUGUGUCUGAGGCUGAGUGAGGGGGAAAAGGACUGUCAGCUGAAGGAGCUGGAGUACUGCAAACGGGCCUUGGAGCAGGAGAUCCAGAACCUCAGGCUGCAGAGCUGCUCAAACCCCACACUGCAGACCACCACGGAUGAGCUCUCCAGCAGAUAUGUGGAGAUGAUCAACAACCUGAGGGAGGACAAGGACCGAGAGAUUCGCUGCCUCAGGUCUCAGCUGAGCCAAUUCCAGCAGGAUAUAUCCAGGAGAGAAGGAAGUAACAGUGACUUGCAAAUCAGGCUGCAUGAACUGACAUCCAUGUUGGAGGAGAAGGAUGCCUGUAUUAAACAACAGCAAGAGGAGCUCUUCAGAUUGAAGCAUGAGAAAGCCAGCAGCCAGUCCCCUGGUGUCACAGCUAUCAUCACUAAAAAGUACAGGAACCAGUACCCUAUUCUGGGGCUUCUGUCUGAUGACUACAAAGUUACAUCACCUGUCAAUAAAUCCCAAACGGUUGUGAUCGAGAGGACUGGAGAGAUAUGGAAACAUGUAAGUGUACCCAGAGACUGAGCAGGCAGCCUCUGGAAUGUGAAGUGCCCAAUUUCUGCUUCAAAGGAA